AGUCAACCAGAAUGAAUGUCUAGAAAGUAGAAUUUAGAAACGUAUGAAGGAACUGUACGUGCUUUUGAUAUACAUGUCGAUUUAAAACUCGAAAUAUGUUGGUGUUGUCAAACUAACUGUAUUCUGGGAGUUGAAAAGUUGGACUUCUCGAAUACGUUAAACGUAAAAUACCCUCCAGAAAAUCUUCUUUCCCUUUCCAUUCCAUGCACUAUAUAAACACCCCUUGUAAUCCCACCACAAAUGAAUCAAGCUACAUCUAUUUCAGCAUUUUAAAUUUGUUAGAGUGAAAAAGGGGAAAACAAAAUGAGGUUUUGGGUAGUGGUUUUGUGCUGCUCCUUAUCCCUAAUGGGGGUAUUGGGUCAAGAUAUUGGGUCCAUUAUAACUAAACCCCUGUUCGAGCAGAUGCUCAAGCAUAGAAAUGAAGCAGUUUGUCCUGCCAAUGGCUUCUACACUUAUGAAGCAUUCAUUGCAGCUGCCCGGUCUUUCGGAGCUUUCGGAACCACUGGAGAUCUCGGCACUCGUAAAAGAGAAAUCGCUGCCUUCUUGGCUCAGACUUCCCACGAAACCACUGGUGGAUGGGCAACUGCCCCAGAUGGACCAUAUGCAUGGGGAUAUUGCUUCAAGCAAGAACAAGGUACCCCUCCAAAUUACUGUGUUCAGAGUCAACAAUGGCCCUGCGCCCCUGGCAAAAGUUACUACGGACGUGGACCCAUCCAAAUUUCCUACAACUAUAACUAUGGUCCAGCCGGUAAUGCCAUAGGCUCCAACUUGCUAGCGAAUCCGGAGUUGGUUGCAAGUGAUCCCGUCAUUUCUUUCAAGACUGCUUUCUGGUUUUGGAUGACUCCCCAAUCACCAAAACCCUCUGCCCACGAUGUCAUGACCGGCCGAUGGACCCCGUCCGCUGCUGACAACGCGGCCGGCAGAGUUCCGGGCUACGGUGUAGUUACCAACAUCAUCAAUGGUGGGAUUGAAUGUGGGAAAGGCUCCAAUGCCCAAAUGCAAGACAGAAUCGGGUUCUACAGAAGAUACUGUGACAUUUUGGGUGUAAGUUAUGGAAACAAUCUGGACUGCGCCAAUCAACGCCCUUUUGGCUCAUAAACAACUAAACAUGAUGUGUGAUUUUGUGAACAUCAUUUUAGCGAAGUUUUAAAAUAAGAGUUUGGUUCGCUUGAUGCGAAACAAACCAGUUAUGUAACUUCGUUUUCUAUGUAGCGAUGUAUAUCGCCGCUCAGAAUAAAAAUCUAUUACUAAUAAAAGUUUUUAAGUUUGGUGUGUUGUAAAUGCUCUUAGUUUUUUCGGUUUACUUGCAAACAGCACGUUCAACCUUUCUCUUGAGAUUAUUCCCGAAUAAGAG